AUGGCCCCCGCAUUCCCCCGCCUGGUCCUCGGCCUCCUGGUGCUGAGUUUGUGCUGUGAAGCUUGCAAGAAAGUAAUUUUUCAUGUUCCUUCUGAACUAGAGGCUGAGACGUUAGUUGGCAGAGUUGAUUUGAAAGAAUGCCUUCAGUCUGCAGAGUUUAUCAGUUCCAGUGAUGGGAGAUUCAAGGUUCUAGAGGAUGGUUCUGUGUAUACAACAUCUGCACUUUCUUUGUCUGCUGAGAAAAAGACUUUUACCAUAUUACUUAAGGAUAUUCAAGAACAAGUUCAAAAGAAAAUACAGGUUGACUUGGUGGAAGAAGAAAAAAAGACACCGAAUAAGAGGCAUGCUAGAGAUACAAUUCUCAAGAGAACCAAAAGAAGGUGGGGCCCUAUUCCAUCUGUCAUGAUAGAGAACUCACUGGGACCUUUCCCACUGCAAAUACAGCAGGUCCAGUCAGACACAGCUCAGAACUACACAAUUUAUUAUUCUGCAAGUGGACCAGGGAUUGAUCAAGAUCCAAAGGGCUUGUUUUACAUAGAAAGAGAAACUGGAAAUAUCUUUGCUACUCGUGCAGUAGACCGUGAACAGUAUCCAAGUUUUCAGAUCAUUUGCUUUGCAACUACUCCAGAUGGUUAUUCACCUGAAGUACCACUUGUGCAUACAAUCAGGAUAGAGGAUGACAAUGAUAAUGCUCCAUAUUUUACACAAGACCAUUUUGAAUUUUGUGUCCCUGAAAAUUCCAGACCUGGUGUUUUUGUUGGGAAAGUGACUGCAGAGGACAGAGAUGAGCCUUACACUCUGCAUACCACGUUGAAAUACCGCAUUGUGUCACAAACCCCACCCAUUACCCCAGCGUUUUCCUUACAUGGUGACACCGGCGUCAUCUCUGUAUUACUGCCACAGCUGGACAGAGAGCUUGUGCCCAGUUACACUUUGUUAGUUGAAGUGAGAGAUAUGGCAGGUCAGCCUUUUGGUUUGUGCACUACAGGAACAGUUGUCAUCAAAAUCGAGGAUACGAAUGACAAUGCACCAUCCUUUAAACAGUUACAAUAUGAAACACGAGUGGAAGAAAACAGAGUGAGUGUAGAAAUACUGAGAGUCUCUGUUGUUGAUCUUGAUGAACCUGGUUCACCUGGCUCAGGAGCAGUAUAUGAAAUUAUAAGAGGAAAUGAUGAUCAGGCCUUUGAAAUUACAACAGACAAAAACACAAAUGAAGGAAUACUGUGUGUUGUUAAGGGAUUGGACUAUGAAACUGCCAAGCAAAGGAUCCUGGUGAUUGGAGUCAACAAUGAGGCACCCUACCUGCUGGCUCCCCAUUCGCAGCAACUUUCCCAGAGCACCUGCUCUGUUACCGUGCAUGUCCUGGAUGUGGAUGAGGGACCGGUGUUUAAACCCUGUCUCUUGCGCUUAGACGUUAAAGAAUGUGAAGAUAUUGGGACAGCUAUUGGGAGAUACAUAGCAGAAGAUCCAGAAAGUGGAAAUACUGAGGGCAUAAGAUACCGGAUACCACCUGGCCAGUGUAAUUGGAUCAACAUAGAUGAACAGUCAGGUGAAGUCAGAACUGUUAGGGUCUUGGACCGAGACAUAGGAGAAAUGAGACGAGGUCAAUGCAAUGUCACAGUCCUUGCAAUAGACAGAAAUGGUAAAACAGGCACUGGAACAAUUCAGGUUUGCAUCGUGCCUGGCAACAAGAAUUUCCCACGAAUCACUCAAACAGACUAUAUCAUGUGCAGAGACAGAAAACCGAUUUGCCUCACGGCACAGGAUGGCGAUGAGGCUCCUUACAGCGCGCCCUUUGUCUAUCGCAUAACCGACCGAAGACUGGCUUCCAUGUGGAAGUUAACACCACACGACGAUAAUUCUUGGUAUCUUUCACCAAAGAGUGAUAUUCCGUAUGGAAUUUAUGAAAUUCCUGUAACUGUGAUUGAUAAUGGAGGAAAGAGAGGAGAGAACAUAGUAAGAGUUAAUCUCUGUGAUUGUGUUACUCCAUCUGAAUGUGAUGGCAGAGCUCGUCAGCUUUCGGGUGGAAAUGUUACCCUUGGUCUCUGGGCCAUCCUUGCAAUGAUCUUAGGAUCAUUAUUACUGCUGCUAAUCCUGAUCACAAUUUGUGGCUGCUGUGGCACUGGAGCAAUGCACAGGCAGGUGACUGAUGAUUGUGCCAAUCACAAUUUAAUAAUUUCAAACACAGAAGCUCCAGGAGAAGAAGUGAUGGAUCAAAAUAUAAUUCCUCUACAAAAUACAUGUGAUCAAGGAGGGUAUGGAGUAAAGACAGGAGAGCAGCAAACAUUUGAAAUGGUAAAAGGAAGGGGGCAUACCUUGGAAUCAGUCAAGGGAGGUGGACAUCAGACUCUGGGAUCAGUUAAAGAAGGAGGAGGACAGACUGUGAUGGAUACUUGUAGAUACUCCUACUCAGAGUGGCAUAAUUUCACACAUCCUCGUUUAGGUGAAGUAAGUAUUCUGAAACUGAUUUUCUUUGAAGUGUAGGU